UGUGACAGGGCGGAAGCGUUGUGAGGCGUGGUUGCUAGGGUUCGCUGAGACCGGCAGGUGAGAGAGAGCGAGAGGCAGCCGGGGGCCGCAGGAGACACACAUGGUCCGGUGAGAGUCGCAGCCCGGCCAUGGAGAAGCGGAGGAUGGAGUGUCCGGCACUGCCACCGGGCUGGAAGAAGGAGGAAGUCAUCAGAAAGUCCGGGCUGAGCGCUGGCAAGAGCGAUGUCUACUACUACAGUCCAACCGGUAAGAAGUUCAGAAGCAAGCCUCAGUUGGCAAGGUACCUGGGGAACACUGUUGAUCUCAGCAGUUUUGACUUCAGAUCUGGAAAGAUGAUGCCAAGUAAAUUGCAGAAGAACAAACAGAGAUUAAGAAAUGACACACUCAAUCAAAAUAAGAAUAAACCAGACUUGAAUACAACAUUGCCAAUCCGACAAACCGCUUCGAUCUUCAAGCAACCAGUUACCAAAAUUACCAACCAUCCCUGUAACAAGGUGAAACUGGAUCCCCAGCGAGUGAUUGAACAGCCACGUCAGCUUUUCUGGGAGAAGAGGCUAGAGGGACUAAGUGCAUCAGAUGUUACUGAACAAAUCAUACGACCAAUGGAGCUUCCUAAAGGCCUCCAAGGGGUUGGUCCCGGGAAUAACGAGGACACCCUUCUGUCUGCUAUUGCAAGUGCACUGCACACAAGCUCUGCUCCAAUAACAGGCCAGCUGUCAGCAGCUGUAGAAAAGAAUCCAGCGGUCUGGUUAAACACAUCACAACCACUUUGUAAAGCUUUUAUUGUCACAGAUGAGGAUAUUCGGAAACAAGAGGAGCGGGUUCAUCAUGUUCGAAAGAAACUUGAAGAAGCUCUGAUGGCAGACCUCUUGGCACGUGCUGCUGAGACAUCAAGCGGUACACAUGUGGCUAUGGACAGCGAUGGUGAAUAAACACCUGUCUAGGUACCUCAGCACUUGAAUGUCACAUCUCUCAGAAAUACAUUGUUUUCUCUGGUUCUACAGAAAAUGCACAUUUUAUAGGGUUUAUUUUUUUUAAU